UUCCGGGGUAUUUCGGCAUGGUGAAUUUUAAAAACCGAUACCGUGGGAUAUUAUUGCAUGAAUUGUCAUAUGGGCUAAAUAUAAUUGGGCCAAAGCAGCCCAACAAAUCGAAUUUGUCAUCUUCUUCUUUUUUUUUAUUAUCGAAGCGCGACAUUUUUCAGGUGUUUGAAUUCCACCCACCGUCCUCCGCCGGCCAUCUCUGCGAGCUAGGGUUCCGGUCAAGAGAUUGAGCGCACUUUCCAGCUUGAGAAAUGAGAAUGAUGCCUCAAUUUGAACUUGUGAAUCUUGGGAUUAAAGCAUGCAUUUUAAGAACUUCAAUUCUUACUUCAAAAGCAAAGUGAGAUGGAACGCUAUUUGGUUCAAAUGAUUCGAGAAAGUUGAGAUUCUCUCUGCAGUAGUAAUGGUGGAGGUAUGGUGGACACUGCUCGGUGCAGCUGUUCCCGUUUUCGCUGCUGGUCAAGCUCUGAGAAUCAAGGCGAGACAUGCUGAGGAGCAACGGAUCAAAAGUGCUCGGGGAAGGGAGAAGAGCGCAGACGACAUCUUUGUCUGUGAGAGGGUUUGCACGUCGAAGAGGAUGCUGAAGAAAGUGGGGGGAUUCUCCAAGGAUCCCAUCCCAGACACAUGUGUCACGGUCUGUGGAGUUUCUGAGCUUGAUGCUUGCGCAGAUGCCUGUGCUCGGACUGUGUGCGUUAACCAACACCAGGUACCCAAUUGGAAUGACGUUUGCCUUCGUAGAUGUCAGAAUGAAUGCCUCAAGUUAUCUGCUUCUCACUCUUCAUGACAUAUAUAUAUGUUCUUGUUGUAUCUCCUUUAUCAGUUUGAGCAAUGUUGCACAAAAUGGUUUUGUUUUUGGAAACUUUGGAGUUAUGAUAUGUUGCUCAUUUGCACCAUGUUUCCUUA